AUGACUCACCACCACAUAGCCAGCCGAGGACAGAAGGUGCGAGACCAUUAUCGGCCGCUGCCCAAGAAGAUGUGGGGAGUCCUCAGGGAAGAGAUCAAGGCUAUGCUGACCUUGGGGCUGAUGGGGGAAUCCCACAAUGAGUGGAGGAGCCCCAUUGUCUUGGUUCCAAAAGCUGAUGGAUCCACUGGGUUCAGCAUAGACUUCUGGAAAGUCAAUGCAAUCUCUGGGUUCGAUGCCUAUCCUGUGCCACGGCACCAUGGUCCCUGGUGCUCCCGUCCCAGCCCAGCUCACCUCAGCUUCCCAUCCCACAAGCAGAAGAACAGGUCCAUCCUGAGGUACCACACUGAGACCGGCUUCCUGUCCUCAGAAGGGGGGGACCUCCUCAGACUCUACCAGAAAUACCAAGUGAAAUACGGCGCCGGCGUCUGCAAGACUGACAAUGGCCCCGCCGUGCCCGUCAUCUACGACUAUGGCGAUGCCCAGCAAACCGCCAACUAUUACUCUCCAAACGGCCAAACUGAAUUUGUUCCUGGCUACAUCCAGUUCCGCGUGUUUAAUACUGAGAAGGCGGCCAUGGCUCUGUGUGCUGGGGUGAAAGUCACUGGCUGUAACACCGAGCAUCACUGCCUGGGUGGAGGAGGGUUCUUCGCAGAAGGGAACCCGGUUCAGUGCAGCGAUUUUCCUGCCUUUGCCUGGGACGGCUAUGGAAUCCAUCGGCACUGGAGCGUAUCCAAGGAGAUGAUUGAAUCCGCCGUGCUGCUGUUCUACCGCUGA